GCGGCUCCUCGCGUUCGUUGCAGUGAUACCAGUAAACAAGCUGCGGUUCGAGUUCUUCUUCUUCUUCUGCACAGAAACAGGAAACGUCACAGACCUGUAACGACAAUGCUUCUCCAAACUCGGGCCGUGUUUGCCCUUGGUCGGCGCAUGUGCUCCACACACGUGACUCAAGGACUCUUGAAAGACACAGUAAGACCCAACUCAGAUAUGUCUGAAUUCCGGGAUGUCUUUUCCAAAGCCAAGCACAUAGUCAUCAUCACAGGGGCAGGUGUGAGUAGUGAGAGCGGAGUUCCGACCUUCAGGAGAGAGCAUGAGAAGUGGAGGAAAUGGCAGUCUCAGGACUUGGCCACUCCAGAGGCCUUCUCUCGCACCCCCUCUCGGGUCUGGGAGUUCUACCACUACAGGAGGGAGCUGGCGUUGAACAAGAAGCCCAACGCGGCCCACCUGGCCAUAGCGGAGUGUGAGGCCCGGCUGAGGAAGCAGGGACGCUCCGUGGUUGUCAUCACCCAGUGCACGGAUGACCUUCACCGACAGGCCGGGUCCAAACACAUACUCAAGAUUCAUGGCAGCCUCAUGGAAACUCGCUGUGUGAGUUGUGGAGAUGUCAACGUAAACAAGCGUAGCCCCAUUUGUGCUGCCCUUAAGGACAAUGGGUCACCUGACCCAGAUGUCGCUGAUGCCGAGAUUCCAGUUGAUAAACUGCCAAGGUGUCAGGAGAGCGACUGCCGUGGUCUGCUCAGGCCCAACGUGGUGUUCUUCGGAGAAACCCUGGACUCUCACAUCCUGACCAAAGUGGAAAAAGAAAUGGAAAUCUGUGACCUCUGUCUGGUGGUGGGCACAUCUUCAAUCGUCUACCCGGCAGCCAUGUUUGGGCCCCGGGUUGCAUCCAGAGGCGUCCCAGUGGCAGAGUUCAACACACAAGCAACACCGAAGACCGAAUACUUUACGUACCAUUUCCAGGGUCUCUGCGGAGAGACACUGCCUCCAGCUUUGGAACGACACGAGUCCGAGGUCAUUCAGUGACUUUACAGACAGCAGUCUGUGCCUUCUCUAUAAUCUAAUGCAAUUUAGAGCUGUGGGGUUUCACAGCAUUCCUCCAAGUCUUUGCCUUAAAAAUCACAUUAUGCUGUUAACGCUCGGUAGAGGAAGAGCUGUAAAUAAUUUAGCAUUUUUAAGACUUUGAUAUGGAUCGUUUUAAAACUUGAAUAUAUAGCUCGCUUUACUGGAAAUGGGAUUUUGACUGUUUAACAUAUUUGCUGCUUAGAGUUCAGCCGAAUCUAUGCAGGGUGAUAUAAGAAAGAGAAUGCACUAUGUAUGUAGUUCUUUGCAUAGGAAAACAUUUCCUCAGGUAUCAGAGGGUGUUGUUAUUCUUAACAUAUGAGAUAGUGGCCAGGGAUUGUUAGAUUAUAUAUAUAUAUACACUGUGCUUUCAAAUCAUGCUUUUGAAUGAUAUAUUCCUUCUGGGGCCAAUUGAUACUAUUCCCUUUUCUCUUUCCACCAAAUGAACAGCUGUACAGACCGAAAUAAUAAUCUUGUGCCUUUCAUAACUGUUUACACAACCUUGACCAAAGUGCUCGCUAUAGACCUCAAGUGAUAAUCAACCACUGUUACAGAGAUGUAGCCGAGUGCAGAGUUUGAUUUUGAACAAAACAGAGACGUUCAAGAGGGAAAACGUCUUUCACUCCUGUUGUUGUGUUGUCCACUCUGUAUGAGUAAAGUUACAUGUCAUGGCUCAUCCAUGAUACUUUUUUACACAGUUUAGUGUCUUUUUUCAAAAAAUAUACAUGUCCAAUCACAGUUGAAAGAAAUUGUCUAAAAAAUGAAAUCAACCAGAUAAUAUUUAUCAUCAUGUUUUUUGACGACAAUUUUGCUCAUACAGUUUCUUAUGAUUUCUUCUAUUAAACCUUUCAAUGCAAUGAUACAGAGUAUAACAAUUAAAACACUACAUGUA